UGUCAAGCGUUAAAGCAGUGAAAGAAGACAAAGCAAUACCCUUCUUUGAAAACACUGCUUCCUCCAGUUUUUUUCUGCAGGAUAACAGACAAGCACUUCUGUCGAGUUUUCUCUAUUCUCUGUUCUCUGUUCCCCUUUCUUGUUCUUGCAGAACGUCAUAUUGUGAUGACUCAUCACGUUGUGUCGCGUGGGGGAGCGCUGAUCACUCCCACUACUUAAGUCACAGACAUAAAUUGUGAUUAUGUGUUAGUGUUAGUCACACCCACAAAUGAAAGUUCAAACAUCAUCGCAAGAUCUCGAAUCCGUCUUGAACUUUUGUGCCUUACGUUGACGAUGAUUGUAGCGCUGCUGCUUGUGAUAAUGGAGUCAGCUGGAACUGCAAGUACUUCUUGGAACGUGACAUUUGAAAACGCCGAUUAUUGUGUUUCUGAGGGAUCAUCAGUGGAGUUCAGGUGCUCAUAUUUCUAUCCAGAUGGCAACACUAUUAGAAGCACGCAGUGGGACAAAGGAGAUUAUAAAAAUGGCAGGUGGCAACGCGUUAAGCUUUCGGACUUACCGUCAUACGAGAAUCGUUCUGCAUAUCUUGGUGACCACCAGCACAACUGCAGCCUGGCAAUCUAUAACCUGCAGGAAACAGACACUGGACAUUACUACUUCAGGUUCGACACAGACACGUAUGGCCUGCGCAGUAAAGAUUCUGUGCAUCUGUCUGUCACAGAGCUGAAGGCCAGCGUGUCCCCACGCAGAGUGACGGCAGGGAACAACGUGACUCUUGAGUGUAAAACAUCCUGUCAAAUUCACAGCCUUGUCUGGAUCAAAGAUGGACAUCCAGUGGCAAAAUCAAAGUUCCAGGCUCGGCUGGAGGAUUCUGGGAGCUACGUGUGUGCUGUCGAAGGACACGAAUCGGCGCACUCAAACGCCGUGACUCUGGAUGUUUGGUAUUCCCCACUGAACGUCUCUGUUGAGGUGAGUCACGCUGACCCCCUGACAGUUGGCAGCAGUGUUAAUCUGACCUGCAGCAGUGCUGCUAACCCUGCAGCAGACAGCUACACCUGGUACAGGGGUACUGUCUCCAGCUCCAUGCUCCGAGUGGGCUCAGGACAGGUGCUGCUCAUUCCCGCCAUGGAGACGUCCGACGCCGGACUCUACCUCUGCCAGGCCACGAAUCGUGUCGGAGGAAACAACUCAACUGAGGUGCGGCUGACCGUGGAAACAGACAUUAACAGGUUAAUCUUCUUAGUUGGUUUUGGAGUGAAAGUAGUAAUUGUGCUGUUGCUGUCACUGGUUAUUAUCUGGGCUUGGAGGCGGUGCCGUAUGUCGUCUACAGACAGAGAGGUGAGGAGGAGUACUUACAACACGUCAGAGGAACACUACCAUGAUUAUGAAAAUUUCCAAGUGUUAAACACCUAAAGAAACAACAAAGAAAAAGUUGCGCAGAAGAAAAGGAACAUUGUUGCCAUCUGAGUGUAGCCACCUUCGUUUGUGAGUGUGGUUAAAUCAGGAAAUACUGCCAUCAUGAGUUUAAAAUGCACAUGUGAAUUCUGUAAACUUGUACAUGUUUUGUUACCUUCACCAAUCAAUUUGUCAGUGUUAUUCGCAUUAUUAAUCAAGCGCAGCCUUCUCUAUCACUGGGUUGUGACUGGAUACAUUUUUAUGACAUUCGGUUUUUACAAUGGAAGCAGCAUUUAAAGUUUCACAGACUGCAGUAAUAACUGGAUAUGCUACGUUUUUGUAAGGCAUAUUGCCAUUAUAUCAUUAUAACAGUUCAAAAGAUAGUAGCCUGAGCUUGCCGUAUAAUAAAUCCUUAGAUCCAAAUAAAGAUUGCAUUUGACCAGUUUUCA